GUUUUUUUCUUUUGAUAAAACAUUUUUCAGUUUGACAAUAAACGUCAUUGGAAUUGGGAUGAUUUCUCACUGAUCCCAUAAUUAUCCAAAUUUUUAGUAGAUGAUUCCUUUUGUCUAAAUUAAUAGUGAUCCAGGGGCUCGAGGAAAGAGCCAUGAUAAAUUAAAAGUGUGAAGAUAAAUAAAAAAUUGCUAAAAAAAUAGAUAAAUACUUCGUAAGAUUUUAUAUCUUUUAUAUUUAAUAAAAUCGUAUAAAAAUGCCUUGUGAUGGGAAGAAUCCAAAUUGCGACAGACGUCGAGAGCUUUUAGCACAAUUAAAAUGUCUCGUCAGCACCAUGGAAAGGAAAAAACCUUGCGAGUGGGAUGAACCACCCUGUCCACCACCUACAUGUUGUCCUGUAUGUCCACCACCGUCGUGUGGAUCUCCUUGUCAACAAGGCUGUUGUCCACCAUCCUGUCCUCCUUGCUGUAGUCCAGUAAAGGCAUGCAAGAGUUUCGAAUUGCGUGGCAGCAUAAUGUACCGUUGCGAAUGCAUCAAGAGAAACGGAUUGCAAGACAGGUGCAUGAUGUUCGACUGCAUGGGAAGACCGGAAUGCAUGACUAAGUUGUAUCCAGUAUGUGGACCAGGUCGUGCAGCCUUAUUGAAACUGACUGACCUUGGUGAUCCCGAAGUAGCCCUUAGGAAGUUCUAUUGCGCCGAUAAAGCCAGGGAAGCUGCUUUGGCAGCUUACUGCAGGCUGAAGUGUGACAGUACAUGUUCUGCACCUUGUCCAUCUCCUUGUGAUCCUUGUUGCCCACCACAACCUUGUUGUCCACCACCACCUUGUGAUCCUUGCUGUCCACCUCCUUGCGAUCCUUGCUGUCCACCUCCAUGCGGUCCUUGUUGCCCACCACCACCUUGUCCUAUGAAGCUUAAAAUAAUUUCGUGUCAACCGCAAUGUUGCCCUCCACCUUGUCCACCGCCGUGUUGUCCUCCACCGUGCCCACCACCAUGCUGCCCUACGCCAUGCCCACCACCAUGCUGCCCUCCUCCAUGCCCACCGCCAUGUUGCCCUCCUCCAUGCCCACCACCAUGUUGCCCUCCUCCAUGCCCACCACCGUGCUGCCCUCCACCAUGCCCAUCACCCUGUUACCUUCCACCAUGCCCACCAUGUUGCCCUCCAUGCCCACCGCCAUGUCCACCAUGUUGUCCACCGCCGUGCCCUCCGCUGUGUCCACCACCUGUUUAUUGUUGUUCACCUCCGCCUUGCUGUCCACCUUGCCCUCCGUGUGGAACACUUCGAAUGGCAUGCAUGCCAUGUCCUCCUCCAUGUCCACCUCCAUGCCUACCGCCUUGUUUACCUUGCAUGCCUUGCUGUCCACCUCCUAUUUGUUCAAUGUCUUGUUGCCCCACAUGCUAAAAUUUCAAGGCUAAUACUUAUUGAAAGACUCCGAUCUUUAUACUUUUAAUAAGCUGAUGUAUUAUAUUCAAAAUAUAUUUAUAAUAAAAUAUUAUUUACACGCAAAAAACUGGCU